UCUCAGUUCAGAAAGACGUUUAGCAUCCUGGCGACAGCACUUACACGCAGCGACAAUGCGAAGAAGUUCUAGAAUUUUUUCCAUGGACCAUCCGACCACUAUACUGAAUGUUUUGGCAGACAGAAUGUAGUAGCCUAUAAACUGCUCUUUUCCUGAGCAGUGCAGUGCGUAGCUUAUUUGGAUAGACUAAAAACUGUGGAAAUGUAACACAUUUUUUUUUCAAAAGCAAAAGCGUUGUUACAGACUCUUUCUAAUUCCUUUGAUUAUUAAAUAUACUCGCAAUACUCUGCCCGCUGCGCAGUGUAUUGAUUUACAAAUAAUUCAUAUGGAUUUACAAAGAAUGAAUCAAACUCAAGCAACGUUCUGGGAGUGUAUAAAAGCUUCAGGCAAUUCUUCAAUAAACCACUCGUCCGCCACCUGUAGCAAUGCGUCAAUAAUUCCAAAACUUCAGCCUAGCCGACAAAAAGAGAUGGACUCACUGCGCAUCCUCCUGUACUCCCUCAUCUUCCUCCUCAGUGUGUUUGGCAACCUGCUGAUCAUCAUGGUGCUGCUGGUGAACAAACGCAUGCGCACCGUCACCAACUCCUUCCUUCUCUCGCUGGCCGUCAGUGACCUUAUGAUGGCCAUCUUCUGCAUGCCCUUCACGCUCAUUCCCAGCCUACUGGAGGACUUCAUUUUUGGCGCCGCCAUGUGCAAGACUGUGACCUACUUCAUGGGUAUUUCGGUGAGCAUUUCCACCUUUAGUUUGGUUGCCAUAGCAAUCGAGAGGUACAGUGCCAUCUGCAAUCCACUGAAGUCACGGGCCUGGCAGACACGCUCCCACGCCUAUAAAGUCAUUGCUGCUACCUGGGUGCUAUCCGUGGGUAUCAUGGUGCCAUACCCAGUCUUCAGCACAUUGGUGCCCUUUCCCAAACCCAACAACUCCACGGGUCACAUGUGUCGGCCUGACUGGCCCAUGAGCCAAGUGGAACAGACCUGGUAUGUCUUGCUGCUGUUUAUUCUAUUUUUCAUCCCUGGUGUGGUAAUGAUCAUUGCCUAUGGUCUCAUCUCCAGAGAGCUCUACAGAGGCAUUCAGUUUGAGCUGGACCAAAAUAAAGACUGCAAUGUACUGAAGAACGGCCUGAAUGACACCACAUCCCACAGCCAAGACGACAGCGACGGCUGCUACAUUCAAGUGCCCAAGAAGCCUCCGGUCAUGGAGCUCUCCACACUCAGCGCCUCAGCCACUUCCAAGACAGACCGGCCACGAAGCAACACCUCGGAAGCCAAGCUUCUUGCCAAGAAGCGCGUAAUCCGUAUGCUGAUCAUCAUCGUGGCCAUGUUCUUCAUCUGCUGGAUGCCCCUCUAUUCGGCAAACACAUGGAAGGCCUUUGACCAGCGCUCGGCCAAGCGGGCGCUCUCCGGCGCUCCCAUCUCCUUCAUCCAGCUGCUGUCGUACACCUCAGCCUGCGUCAACCCCAUCAUCUACUGCUUCAUGAACAAGCGCUUCCGGAAGGCGCUACUGGCCACCUUUGCCUGCUGCGUCCUGCCGUGUCGUGUUUGCCGGAGGAGGGAAGGUGAUGAAGAGAUUACUGGGUUCACGGCUACGUCCAUGUCAAAGUUUAGCUACACUACUGUUAGCACAGCGGGGCCGUGUUAACUCCACAGUUUGUCCAGGAUGACCGCAGAGAGGUGCUGUGUGUGUUCAAUGCCUUGUUUUAUUUUGAGAGUACUUACUGGUCAUUGUGGUGUGUUUUCUGACUCUUUCGGCAUGCUUUAUCUGGUGAGUAUCUUCCGUUUUUCGAGUUUCUGUCUUGUUAGGAAGCUUAAGUAGUCACGCAUUUACAUGUUUGUUUCUAGUUCCAACAAUGUUAAAACUUUUAGAUGCGACCAAAAAUUGACAGACAGCAUGAACAAGGAUGGCAAGGCUAUUACAGUUUAGAAGAAAAUGCAGAGCCUGAUCCUCCAAAGAACCACCCAUACAGACUGAUACAAACACACACACACACAAAAAAAAGAAAAAAAGAAAUCCAGAAAGACUAUGGGCAAUGGUUAAAAAACAAUCUACCUAACCCAGACUGUGCUACACAGGAUAACCAUGUAGAUCAAAUAUUACUUCUGUGGUGUUAUGUCAUUUAUUGCAUGAUACAAUCUAUGAAUACACAUGAAUACACGCUUGUCUAAGAUCACCUGUGUGGCUACAAAAUGGUAAAGUUGUCAUUGAUUUGCAUGCAUGGUUAGGUGUAUACCCUAGUCUUCUAUUGUUUAAGUGUGAGUUUCUGAUCUUUGGCUGGUCCUAUGUGAAUUGUGUUGAUGUGCUGAGUGACUGGAUUCUGUAUAUCAAAUAAUGACAAACCGUGUCACGAGCCUGUAAGGACUCUCAGGCAGAUGCGCCUUACUUCCAGGUCCUUGAUGCAUAUCUCGCAGCUCAUUGGUCAAAAAUCGAUUUGGUUGCUAAAUGGAGGGAUGAAAGCAUAUGACUCACGGUAAUCUACCAUUCUCAACCACUGCUAUGCCUGAGAUGCAGCCAGACUCGCUCACUCAAGUCGAACAGUUUUCCUCUGGGCAGGGAAGUAAAACAGACAAGGGAUAAUAAACUGGAGAAAUGUUCUUCUCGACAGCACUGGUAUCGCUGUAUGAACCCACACCAUUUAAAAGCAAAACCAAAAAAAAAAAAGCAAAGAAGCUAAUUUGCCUGUGUGUGGCUAAUCUUCUGAAUACAGAAAUAGGAAUCUGCUUUCUCCUUGUCUUUUCUGAGGUUAAUGCAUUCAGUUAGGUCUGUUAACAUCCUGUCCAAAAAUGAAAUCUGGCACUGGCCAGUCCAGCAUUUCUGAUUUAUGAGAGUGCUGGCUGCAAAGCAUGAUUCUUUAUUCUAGACUUUGAGCACAAAUCUUCUUCUCAUCCUACUUCAUUGAAUCUUAAAUCAACCUUUAGAAUUGUGUGCUGUUCAAUAUCUUGGUACAAACUUGGUAUAAAAAAAAACAACUUUGUGGUUGUUGAGAUUAUGAAAUUACUUUUAACUGUAGCUCAGGCAUUCUCUCUCUGUCUGGAAUGCAUAUCUAACUUGGUUAUCUCUCUGUACAUUCAGCCCACAGUUCCUUGGCCCUCCUUUCCUUCUCUCUAUCAUAUAUACACACCUUACACAGAUAAAACACACACACACACACACACACACACACACACACACACAAUCAUUUGUUUCCUCCUUCUUUGUCCUUUUAAGCUUGACCUUUGUAUUGCAAAGUCAUAUCAAACACAGGGGCCUUUGGGAGAAAAGUGCAGGAGUGUUUUCUCAGUGUAGCAGACUGACUCCGAGCGGAGCAGGUGGUGGUGCUUCUCCACAGGUGACAGUUUCAUGUCAUGGUAGACUGCUAAGUUCGCUCAUGAAAAAACAAAUCUCAUUUGCUGACCUUAGGUUUAGUUCAGCAUUCCUGUUUUAUUAAGGCUUCUAUGGAUAGGCACCCUAGAAUCUUUACGGGUAAACUGUAGUAAUCUGUGCUCAUGAUUAUUUUGGCAAAUACCCUGUAACCUCUUCCUAAAAAUGAAUCUUUACCAAAUGAUACAGAAAGUAACACUGCAAACAAGUGAGCAUAUUUACCUGGGAUACACCUUUCAUCCAUACUAUUUGUGUAGCCCAUAGUUGCCUAUUACCCUGUAACAGUUUACUCUGCAUGUGCCUUCACAAGUGCUCAAACGUGUUGGCUUGUUUAUUAGUGUGUUACUGACACUGUACUUACCUGUUCAUGGUGAAGUAUAUUCACUGAAUGAACAGCUUAGCAAGUAGCUUCUGGAGUCAAACCUACAAGACAUGGCAACAGGGAAAGGUUUUUUGAGUUACAAGAUUUUUUGGUGUGAUUAAAAGGUGGGAUUUAAAGGGAAAAUUAUGCUUAAAUAAGUGGAAAGUGUAGGAAAUUUAGCUUUAGACUUUAAUGUGUAUCAAAUUUUGGUGUUUAUUACUAUGACAAACCCAUAUCAUAUCAAAGAAAAUAAUGUUUUAUUAAAUCAUCUUGUAACCACGUAAUAAUGUUUCUCUUUAUAUGGUAGGUACAUAUUAAUAUUCUGGAACUUUUCUGUAUGUUUUCAUUUGAACUCUGUUUUAUAUUUCAAGCAAAAUGUCACCAAAUAGAAAAAUGAAUCUAAUGCAGCUUGGAAGUAGAAUAUGAAUAAUUAAUUGUAAACUAGUUUAUUUAUAAAGUUGGACUAUAUGUGAGGGGUGGGAGGCAGCAGUCAAGUGUCUGUAAGAUCUAAUAUCCAAAGACUAAUAUUCAGGGGAUGGGUUUGCAAAGGAACCAAUGCAUUGUGGGUGUUUGGCCAUUUGUGGAUAUUUUCAGUGUCAUCCAAAUCAUACAUCAGCUUCGAGAAACUGAUGCAAAAGAAAAAGGUUUUUUUUGGCUGAAACACCACAGUCUCUCGGCCACCGCAGCCUUAACGAGUGUGCGUGCGUGUGUGUGUGUGUUUAUCACAUACUGCCAGGCCAUACUUGCCAGUGGAAGGCGACUAGUGGCAGAAUUUGUAAUGUAAAUAUAGACUAGUGCCAAUUUGUGAAUAGUUGUUGUUCAGUUGUUGUAAGUGCUCUACCACUUUUGGGGUAUAUGAUAGUCAUGUUGCUACUGCACUGUUUUCAUUCAUACCUUGAUCCAUAUUUCUGGCCUUAGUGAUUAACAUCCUCCUUGUUCCUUGUUGCUGAGAAACGAGAAUGCUUUUCUGCAGGUGAAGAUCAUCACACCAUACUUUGUAUCAGUAAUUCAAUAGCCCUUGGGAGGAAACAUGCUGUAAUAACAUGUCCUGCUUGAGCUACACUAUAGUUGUGUAGUUGUGGGCUACACCAUAAAGUUGUUUAUGGGUAAUCUGCUCUUGUCGGGACUCACACUUUUGCCCAUUGAUUUGCUACCUCUACAGCACUAGACUGGGAGAACAACAGGGGCCAUUUUAGAUUGUGUGACAAGUUAAUUGACAACUCACUCUCUAUAAUUAGAAUCAAGCAUUCUUUCCCUGUUGUAUAUUCCAUGUAUUUGCAUCAGUAGGUAAAUAUGCAUCCACUUAAAAUUGUUUAUGGGCUUUCAAACAUUGCUUGCAAUUUUGUCUAGCUUGGAAUUUUCUUAUACAAGAUGAAUGUUAGAAGCAAUUUUGAUUGCUUAUUAUGAAACAAAGAAGCUGAACACAUAUUUGUGAUUAGCAAUCCAUCAGCAUAACAUUUAAAUCUAUCUCUUGCCUUUUUGGAUUACUGCUCAUCAGUGGAACUAAAAUAUACUUUGAAUGUAUAUCUGCCUAAUGCUGUCAUUGCCGAUAUCAAUAAUGUCAGUACUGCCGCUCUCUUUGCAGCAGCUGUCACUGUUUAAAAGCUCUUUCUCAUUCUGUCAAGAAUGAGGAGCAGCUUGCGUUGCUAUGUGUAGGUGUCCAUGUAAUGUUGGAACUCAAGCUGAAAUAAAGAAUACAUUGUCUAAGCUUA